AUGUCUGCAUCAUCUACAUCUUCGGCAUCAGCAUCAAUUUUUGCACCGGGCCGGGAUAUUUCUUUGAGGCCCGAGGUUUUGCUAGAGAAUGAUAUUUGUUCAAUAAUGAGGAAACGUGCAUCUUUAAAUUACGGAAUGGAUCCAGAGAUAAAUAUGCAUAUAUUGGAUACGAUAACCAUAUUGGAAACACAAUCACAGCUAAGAAACACUUGGAAAUGGGUACAGAUAUCUGAAGCGCUUAUUUCUGCCGGUAAAAUGUCCUUCGAGGGGUACGAUCUCGGAUUUUUGGGAAUUUCAGGUAUUUGGGAAACAGGAAGCAAGUUUGAUGGAGAAUCAAGGUAUUUCGGACCCUUGAAAGCAAAAAAUGAAAAGACCUACAGUGCUGUGGAUCUAAGUACCUUUCAUGAAAAUAAAGCUGACAAAUCAGAUCAUCUCUCGCCGAUGAUUCAGGCGGUUAAGGCUAUUGUGACACAUCGAUCAAGAGAAAUUCACGCAUUAGCUGUCCCGGUGAUUGGAUUUAGGGGAACGAGUGCAAAAAAAUUACAACGAAGACUUGCCAUGUAUGUUAUUGGAUGGGACUUCAGUGCUCAAGAACUAGAGAAGAAAUAUGAAAAACUAGUAAAACAGGGAAAUUUUGAACGUGCAGCCGGUUGGGCAUUAUUUCACGGCGAUAUUGACAAGGCUGCAGAAAUUUUGCGAUCUUCCAACAGGGAGUCUUUUAGAAUAAUAUCUACGGCAAUAUCAGCUUAUGAUGCCUUUAAGGACGUGCAGACAAACUCGGCUUGGAAAGACCAAUGCAGACAAUUGGCAGCAGAACUAGAUAAUCCUUACUUAAGGGUACUAUUUGCAUAUAUUGCCGAUAGAAACUGGUGGGACGUUCUGGAUGAAUCUGCUUUACCUUUGAGAGAAAGACUGGGUGUCGCACUUCGCUUUCUUAAGGACGAGGAACUUGAUCUUUAUCUCGAAAGAUUAAUAGAAGAUGUCAUCAAAAGGGGUGAAAUAGAAGGUCUUAUUGUAACUGGACUUACAAAACAAGGAAUUAAUCUUUUACAAUCUUUUGUCGAUCGUACUGGCGAUGUUCAAAGUGCUUGUUUGAUUGCUUCUUUUGCCUGCCCUAAAUAUUUCAAGGACACAAGGGUUGAAUCUUGGGUUGAUUCAUACAAAAAUAUUCUUAAUAGCUGGCGAAUGUUCAGCCAAAGAGCACGUUAUGAGGUUGCCAGAAGGAAGCUUUCUAUAACUAUAGAUGGUAAACAACAUGCUCAUGCAUUGGAAAGACAAAUUUAUAUCCAGUGUGCCAAUUGCCACAAGAGCAUAGGGGAAGAAUUUAAUCAUGCUCGAGCAUCGCAACUACCUGUUAAUUCUUCUGGACAAACACACAAUUUACAUUGUUGUCCACACUGCGGAUAUCCACUUCCAAGAUGUGCAAUUUGCCUAAUGACCCAGGGUGUUCCGGUUCCCAAGGAAUUGAUUAAUAUUGAUAUACUUGAGGUGGAAAAAAUUAAUAAAAAAUCCGAAUUCACAAGGAUACAGGAUAGCGAUAAAAACUCAAUUUUGAAAGAUGACACAGCUGAAAAGCAUGACACGAAGGAGAAGCAAUGUAUGGAAGAUGCUGAAAGGGACUUAGUGGAAACUCAUUUCAAGGAAUGCUUUAGUUUUUGCCUUUCGUGUAACCACUGUAUGCACGCGGGUCAUGCUGAAGAGUGGUUUUCAAAACAUUACGUUUGCCCAGUUCCUGAUUGUAACUGUCGCUGCAAUAACAAGUAA